AUUUGUUGUAAGGCGCAAAUUAACAUUAUGUAUCAUCGUAAGUGUAUUCAGAAGUUGGACUUGUACUUUGUUCUUGAAACUAUUAUUCAAAUGUGUACUACACCUUUAGGGCUGGAUUAAUUCCCAAGUGAUUUAUUUUGUUAAAUAAACGUAUUGUCUGCUGACGAGUGUGUUAUUCGGCGCAUUUGACUGUUUGUUGUGCUGUUAAGACACAAGCUCUACACUGAACCACGACGUUCGUAAUGAGAAUCUAAUUAUAAACAUAUAGAAGUUACAGGGAGUCAAAUAAACGGCAAUUGCACGAAUGACCAGAGAUGAUGCAUCUUCGUCUGAGUUUCUGUCGCACCAACAUGAUUAGAAGAAAAUGGAAGAAGUUUUUGAAGUUUCUGCUCAGCUCUGUCAUUGUCAGCUUCUUCUUUCUAUUGGUCAUUGCCUCAACUGAACAGAUGUGUCCACCAGAGGGCUGCGGUCAGCCAGGCGAGUUCAUACAAAAACUCCCUGAAAGAGUGAUCAGACCAAACUCGGAAGUGAAAAGAAUUUUGAGGUGGACUGGAUUCUUUGAUGACGUGACGUGGGAGGACACAGACGACUCUUAUUUCAAGCCUUGUAAAGUCAAAAAAUGCACGAUGACCAACGACCGGACAUUGUUUGACCAAAGUGAUGCCCUGCUCUUUCACGUAGGUGCUCUAUGGAAUUUUUGGAAAGGAAUCCGCAUGCCAAGCAAGCGUCACGCUUACCAGACCUGGAUUCUACAUAACUUGGAGCCUCCGCCCAAAGUGCCACUGAAUUUAAUUCCAUUUUACGGAGUUUUUAACUGGACUGCUUGGUACAGAAGAGAUUCUGAUGUCCCGGUCUCGUACGGGGGUUAUACCAGCCUAUCACUUCCGCCCAGCAUCAAAUUUAACAAAUCUUUGAAGACCAAUUGGGCCAAGGAGAACAACCGCUUCUCAGCAUGGAUGUCCAGCAAUUGUUUUGAUUAUAAUAGGAGGCAACUGGUCAUCAAAGAACUGAAGUCCUAUUUGGGUCAAGACCUGGACCUGUAUGGCAAGUGUGGCGGCAAGAAAUGCCCGGAGACCAUCUGUUACGACACACUCUCAAACUACAAGUUCUUCUUCACUUUUGAGAACUGCAACUGCAAGGACUACAUCACGGAGAAGUUCUGGGCUGCACUUCUCAGGCGGCAGGUUCCGGUCGUCUUCGGUGGCAGCUCGUCCCUAGACUACGCCAAAAUCGCCCCACCCCACUCGUACAUCCGCGUGAAGGACUUUAAAGACGUGAAGUCGCUGGUGGACUACCUGCGCUACCUCGACCAGAACGAGACGGCCUACAACGAGUACCUGGACUGGACCGUGGACCACGACGUGUACAGCGAGUUGCCGGCCAGGCGGAAGUGGUGGUGCGACCUGUGUGAGGCGCUGCACAACAAGUCCAAACCGGCCCAGGUGUACACGGAUAUCUCUGGCUGGAUGCAAGAUGACCGGUGUCCACAGUGGUCGCUUGCUAACCAACUGGGUAGAUUGUUGGAUGGAGUCAAGAUAUCAUUAGGACUUCUUUAACUCUUGAGAACAGGUUUUUAGUUCCAGAAGUCUGACUCGCUAUUUCUGUCCAACAGAACCUUACUUGCAGCAUACCAAAAUGAAGGGAAUUGAUUGGAUCUCAAGAUGUGUCCAAUUUGUAACUAAUGCACAGCCUGUCAGGAGUCAUGUUCAUUGUUUAUAUUACACACAUUGUUCGUAUAUUGAUUUUAGUUCGACCAAAACAUAAAACCUUCAGUCUUGUUUUAAAUAUAUAG